ACAGUGAAGCGCACACUCAUUGAUACAUGGCAGCUUUUCCCCGCAUAUCAUAACACCGACGACCUUUGGUGAACUAAAAGCGAGACUCUUUGUUUUUUGUGGUUUUCUUUCCUGAAACUGAACUUCAAGUUAAGCCUCUGUAUCCCGUCGACUCGUCAGCAUGACUGAGCCUGCUGAGCUGCUGCUCAUCAAGGACCAGUACGAGUUGGCGUUUCACUCUCUGAGCCGCGGUCUGGCCGCCGAAGAGGCCGGUAAAAGGGAAGAGGCGCUGAUGUUUUACAGGAAAGGUCAGCAGCACCUUACCCAAGGAAUGGAAGUGCCCACCGGAGGAGAGAGGCACCUGGGAGCGGUUUGGGACACGGCCAGGAGUCUUCAGCACAGGAUGAGGGACACUCUGAGGACCGUCAACGCCCACCUCUCUGACCCAGAGACCGCUCAGCUGACAAAAGGAUGCCAGCGGGGCCGCCUGUUGAUGAAUCUACCUCCCAAUCUGUACCCGGACCUGACGCCAUGCAGCCAGCCUCCACAGAGCUCCCUCAAUCACCUGUACCCGACCGUGCCUGCCGCCCCCCUGGACGCAACCCUAAGGCUCGGGCCCAGUCCUUCUUCCUGUGCCCGGCUGCAAGCCCUCCCGGCGGCAGGGGAUCAGCCUCCAGCCUACACGCCACAGCCAACGGCCGGCCACCAAAGUGUGUCCUACGGCCCCGCUGGAGGUGGGCUCAGGUCGGGGAAGCAGACCGGAGCAGCAGCAGCAGCAGCAGCAGCAACAGGAGGAGGAGGAGAUGAAGUCGAGCUGCUUUACGUCCCCUCUGGGGUGCAGAUGUUUUUUGUGGCGCCGAGCGGGCAGGUCAGCUCCCUGUGUCAUCCAGGUUACCUUCGCAUCAUCAAAUUUGAAAGUCAGCACAAGGAUUCCAGCGCUGGGAAACCCUCAACAUUUCUACAUGUGUGUGACUGGCUUUACCUGCUGGAAGAGGGCACUCCAGUGCUCUUGGCUAACUCUGGGAUCUUCAUGUUCCCGGAUACCUUGUCAGAGACGCCGGGGUCCUACGUGGGCAUAGUGCUGUCGUCAGAACUGCCUGCUGUACAUGGAGAGAAGUUACAGGCUCUCUUCUCGCAGCUGGCUAACCUCAGGGUCCAGGGGCCAGAUGAAGAAGAGUCAGAGGUCAUGAACCUGAGCGACAAAAUCCCCCUCGGUCCCAUGAAAGAGCAAAAAGGACUCACAGUGCCGACAGGGGAGAAGGAGAAACCGCCACUUCCUGGAUGGAGUGAGAAGAUGGCGCAAGGAAUCUUGACAGGAGCUACGUGGUUGAGUAUCGGGUUCGCUAAAGGAGCCGAGGCCACUGGUAGGGCCAUUAAUAAUGGAGCAGCCAAGUUGCGGGAGCACAUCACGCCUGAGGAAACUCCUUCAGAGGUCAGCCCCCAUGUCACCAAAAGCCUGCAUGUGGCUAGACAGGCCACCGGGGGGGCUGUCCGAGUCAGCCAGUUCUUAGUCAAUGGAGUGAGUACCGUGGCAGGACACGUGGCUGACAAGAUGGCUCCUCAUGUGAAGAAACAGGGCUCUAAGCUGGUCCCAGAGUCUAUGAAGAAGAAUAAAGAUGGCGGGCCUUCCAACUGGGAUGGAGCCAAGUUUGUGGCAGUCAGCAGUGUGCAAGGUUUUUCUACUGUUUGGUCCAGUCUGGAGACCGGUGCAAAGCUUGUUGGCAAAAGUGUCACAGCAGAGACUGUCACAACGAUGACACACAAGUACGGUAACGAUGCAGGCCAAGCUACUGACACUGGUCUGAAGUCAUUGAUCAAUGUUGCUGUGACUGCAUACAACAUUGACAAUCUGGGCAUCAAAGCCUUUAUGAAGACUGCAGGGAAGCAGACAGCCAAGGUCAUGGCCAAACCGGGGGAACAGCCUGCACAAACCGAGGCAAAAGAGGAACUGAAACGAGAACAUCAAGCGGAGACAAAUGGGAAAGAAAAACUGAAAAAGCAGACAGAGAAUUAAAAAAAAAAAAACAUUCACAAAGGAAGGUCAUAGCUUUGCUUCACGAGUUCUGUCUGAUUGAUGGAUCAACUCAUAAUUUGCAUAUUAACCCAACAAACAGGCCAAUUGUUUCUUCAUUAGAUAUUAUUAGUUUUAAAUGUAAAAAACAAUAAGAAAUAAGUAAUUAAAAGUUAUUUUUUGCAUAUUGAGGUGCUGUCAUAGGCAUUAUUUUUUCAUGGUAGUAUUUGAAUGAUGUAUAUAUUUUGUUAUGUUUUACAAUCUAUUUUUAAUAAAAAAAGAAUUGCAGUAGUGAAGAGGUUAACAGUACACUUCUGUUCUAAAUGAAAGUGCAAUAAUGUUAAAGCAAAGCACAUAAAUGUACAUUAACAAACUACACAUUUGAACCAUUAUUACCAUGUUGAAUCCUUUACUUUAAGUUAAUAAAAUGUAUUUGUAUAUGUGUAUACCGUUAUGUCAACUGUUGAAGAACUCGCUGUACAGAGGAAGUAGGAAUCUGAUGCCUGAAUA